CUUACUCGCUCUCUCUAUCUGAACUGCUCUCAUCUUCUCUCUCUUCCAUUGCCGUCCAACUGAUCUGAUCCUACCACUAAUUCGCCGGAGGCCUAGGUUUUCUGGAGAAGAGGAACGAUGGAGAACGCGGACGUUUUCGGAUCGUCCACGGCGCCUCUCACGUGGCACGACUUCCUCGAGCGUAUGCGUCAACCCUCCGCUGCCGAUUUCGUCAAAGGCAUCAAAGGUUUUAUAGUGUCAUUUUUGAACAAUGCUCCGGACCCAGAAAGGGACAGUGCAGCUGUACAGGAGUUUUUAAGCAAUAUGGAAGCGGCAUUCAGGGCUCAUUCACUUUGGGCGGGUUGCUCCGAGGAGGAAUUGGACAGUGCUGGUGAAGUGAGUUUUAACCUUUUCUACUCAAUGGGUUCUUUGUUACAUGAUAUCAGAGGCUGA